CGCUGGCUUGGACACUCCCACCCGAGCACAAGAGUGACACGCCAUUUAAUCGCUGUCUGCCUGGCCUUUAGGGUUCUUUGCAACAGCAGGGCGACUGUCGAGCGCUUCCACGUCGAAAGAUACUCAAAUUUGACAUUCAGAAAAGCCGCCGUCAAACGAGCAACGCCGAAUCGUGUGGAAAUGGGUAUCCGGAAAAAGAGCACCAAGAGCCCGCCGGUGAUGAGCCACGAAUUCGUCAUCCAGAAUCAUGCCGAUAUUGUGUCCUGCGUUGCUAUGGUGUUCCUCCUCGGGCUCAUGUUCGAGGUCACGUCCAAGUUUGCAGUGUUGUUCAUCACCGUCCAGUACAACGUCACAAUCUCAACAAAUGGUCCAGAGGAGACGGCGAUCAGCCACUUCCACCACGGCAUCAAAGACCUGGCUACCAUCUUUUUCUACAUGCUGGUGGCCAUCAUCAUGCAUGCCAUCAUCCAGGAAUACGUGCUGGACAAAAUGACUCGGAAGAAGCACUUCUCCAAAACCAAACACAGCAAGUUCAACGAGUCGGGCCAGCUCAGCGCUUUCUACUUCCUCUCCUUCGGCUGGGGCGCAAGUAUCAUCUUCUCUGAAAACUUCCUGUCCAAUCCCAGUUCGCUGUGGGAAGGUUACCCCCACAUGCUGAUGCCGCUGCAGAUGAAGUUUUACUACAUCUGCCAGAUUGCCUACUGGCUCCAUGUGCUCCCUGAGCUCUACUUCCAGAAGACAAAAAAGGAGGACAUUCCGCGCCAGCUGGUUUACACUUUCCUCUACCUAGUCCACAUCGCCGGCGCUUACAUCCUCAAUCUGAACCGUCUGGGUCUGAUCCUGCUGGUGCUGCACUACUUUGUGGAGCUUCUCUUCCACGUUUCCCGUCUCGUCUAUUUCAGUAACGAGAACAGACAGCUGGGCUUCCGAGUGUGGGCCGUCCUGUUUGGCCUUGGACGUCUUCUCACGCUGUCCCUCUCCGUCCUCACGGUGGGCUUCGGCCUCGCCAACGCAGACAAUCAAGGCUUCGAUUUGACCACAGGGAACUUUAACAUUCUCUUUGUGAGGAUCACCGUGCUGGCCGGCGUGUGUCUGACGCAGGCCUUCAUGAUGUGGAAAUUUAUCAACUUCCAGCUGCGUCGCUGGAGAGAGCAUGCCUCAGUGCAGACCCUCAAGAAGAAACCGGGGCCCUCCAAAAGCAAAGCAAAGAAAGAUAAAGCCAACGGUGUCAACGGCGUCAGCUCUCACGCUGCAGACUCGCCGAGAUUCCGGAAGCAAAAGUCCACUUAAGAGACGCUCCGUCAAAGCCCUUCCCUCUCACCCGGGCCGCUUCCCUCUCGCUCCUCAAGAAGCGUCGCAAGUGGACGUCCAAUGGAUUUAUGCGUCGUCAGAAAGGCCGCUCCGCUGUGCCAAUUUUGGGUGGGAAAGAACCAACAAAUUGCGGAAUAAACUAUGACACAAAAAAUACCUUAUUUAAGAAAAAGUGCCUAUCGAUACAGAGCGUUUUGUACAGGGUGUGUCAUGUUUAAAGUUGUGUUUUCAUGCCCCCAAAAGUCUGUUUCAUUCCCCCCCCCCAAAAAAUCGUGUAUUUUUGUGAGCUACUUUACUUUUCGUUUAGUGUCUUAUCCUAACCAGCUGUAGCUUUGGAUAUACAUUUUGUAGUCUAGCAAACACAACUGCCUCACUGGCUGACAAAAAGGAACAUGGAAGUAUAAGUAAAUCUUUUUUUUUUUUUUUUGUAAAUAAACCAAAACACCCAUCGGUGCUGGAUGUGGACUCCCAGUUUAGUCAGGAAGGUGUGACUAAUGAUGCUGGAGAAGAGAGGGAAAUGUGUGAUUUGCUGCAUUUCUACUAUUGCUUAUGAGAAGAGGGAUUUGUUAUAAAAGUGUAGACGGUUUUCCUGUUUUUAAUCGUGCCAAAUAAACAAGAUUGACUGUU